GACACAGAGAAGCCCAUUACUUGUGUACUACAUUUCCCAGAGUAAUCGUCUGUUGUUUCUUGCUAGUGACGGACGCUUCUUGUAUCUCGAAUUUGAGGCUAUUACGAUUACAAUAACAUUAGCUGGCUGUUAACCAUCUAUGAGUGUUUGGCAACAAAAUGGGGGUAUCAGAUUUACAAUUUGAUACAAAUGGGCCUGUGGUAGAUCUUUCUGCUCGGGGUAUGCGGAAGCUCGACCCCAGUUUCAUUUGCUCUGAAGAAACUCACACUCUCAUCUUGGACCAAAAUGAAAUCAUGAAACUGGACCAUCUGGAAAGGAAUUUGGGCCUUCAGCAGCUGUCUGUCGCAAGCAAUCGCCUCGUGAGAAUGAUGGGCGUGUCACAGCUCAAAGAACUGCAAGUCCUUAAUCUUCCAAAUAACAGUAUCGGCUACAUUGAAGGACUGCGGGACAUGCCCAACCUCAAAUGGCUCAACUUGUCGGGAAAUGCAAUAAAGGUUAUUGAACAGCUGAACAACUGUGUUUCCCUUCAACACUUGGAUCUUUCAGACAAUAGCAUAACGAACAUUGGUGAUUUGAGUAAACUUGUGGCGUUAAAGACACUUCUUUUGCAUGGAAACAGUAUAACAACGCUUCGCACUGUGCCUGCCAACCUACCCGCCCAUGUUUCCAUCCUGUCAUUGGCAUCAAAUGAAAUUACAGAUUUAACUGAAGUGGCACACUUGGCUCAGCUUCAUGAAUUGGAGCAAUUAUCUAUAAUGAACAACCCUUCUGUGAUGCCAACACCAUCGCUGCCACGUUUUGACUACCGGCCCUAUGUGAUGAGUUGGUGCCUUAGCCUGAAAGUGUUGGAUGGCUUUGUGGUCUCCCAAAAAGAAGGACUGAAAGCUGAGUGGCUAUACAGUCAAGGAAAAGGACGCUCCUUUCGACCCGGCCAGCACGUUGAACUGGUUCAGUACCUUUCCACCGUUUGCCUCCGGACUGCAUCGUCGCCCUUGGUGACGGCGGAAGAUGCCAAAUUAGAAAAAAUCUUGAAUAAGCAGAGGUUUCACCAAAGGCAGUUAUUAGAAGAGACGCAAGCGGAAUGUCCAAGCCCUCGUCGACCCACUGAACUAGCUGUGGAAAGAGUGGACACAUCACAUUUUCUUUCACAAGGGGACACUUUAGAGGCCAAGAAAAUGAUAUCAACGCCACCUUCUGCUGUGCCAUCAGACCUGGAAAGAGGUCGGGCAGUGCAGUUCAAUACAUGGGUGAGCUAUGACUCAUCCAGCGUUUCCCUUCCAUGUAUAAGCAGCCCAAAGCGUGGAGGAGAGAGCCUUCUUUUAGAAGACGUGCAGACGGAUGAGGACAAGUUGAACAGCAGUGCACUAUCAUGCGAGUCCUUCACGUCCUUCACACCUCACCUCGAACCGCAGUCUCUCCACUCAGAGAGCGACGACGAGACGGAGACAUUUGAAGCCGACUCGCUGGCCCCAAGGCAUCCGUCGACCCCACUGGCUCGCCAAGACAAAAAAGAAGAAAAGGUUACACCUUGCUUGGAAGCAGCGGAAGAUCAAAAGUUCAUGUAUUUGGUCAAAACGACAGAGGAAGCAUCGAGAGCAGCUGUUAAGAUCCAGUCAUGGUGGAGGGGACGGUACACUCGGUGUUGUCACCCCAAGGCCAGAGAGGUGCGCAGUGAGAUUCGACUCCGCAGGAUGCAAGAUCACAUUGUUUCCUUGACGCAAAAACUGGAGAGAAUGCAGAAGCAGUGUGAGGAGGAGAGGAUACAAAGGAUGGUUCAGGAUGAAGCAGUCAGGUUUCUUUGGGAACAGGUCCAAUCCAUGCAACAAUGGAAGCAAUCCGUUGAGGAGAAGCUGGCUCAAAUCUCCGCUUCUCCCGCGCCAAGUCCGGCAGCUCCUCCCGUAGCAUGCGCCACUGCCAACCAACCUGCCACGGACGUCUCUUUUCCAGACUCCGGCUUCCAGACGACUACAGCGAGCGAGGAGCGUGCCGCGCCGGACGACAGCUUUCUCAGCAGUGGGACGGCGGAAUCCGUGCUGACUGUGCGUGUGCCCGAUCGAGACGUGGACAGCACCGACUGCAGUCUCCUGGAGCAGUAUGCCACCUCCUUGCAGCAGAGGGAGGAGGAGGAAGCCGAGGAGGCGCUAACGUCGCAAACCGAAGACGACCAAACGGAUGUCCACUGAGGGGGGGGGGACGGGGGGGACGCAACAGGAAGAAUGUGAUAUUUGCCCACUGAGGCUUGACUGAAAACUGCACUUAUAUUUAUUGUCAACUACACAUUAUUUCCUGAACACAUUAUAUUUAUGGCAUAAAUUUUGUAUGACUGCCUUCCACAGAACUAGACGUCCAAGCCAUUGGAAGUGGGAGGGUUGGCAGCAAAUGAACGAACGUUCAUUCCUUUUCACUCUCCCAGUUCAAAUCGAUUGGACCUCUACUAGAGAUCAAUUCAUUUAAAUACACAGCAUAAGGAUGUAAAGAACCUCGUGAUUUGGACGUCAAUGACCGUCAAUGACAUGGAAACUUGGCCUGGACACGAGCAUGCAAAAUUUAGCGUUAGGUUUACUAGUAAAAGUUACAGCACAUUAUUGGUUAAUCCUGAAACUACCCAAUUAAGCCCAGGUUUUGGUGGGUAUUGUAGUUUGUGUACUUUACUACGUUAAAGCACCAGUAGUAGCGUAUACUCGUAAUAACCUGCAUUUACUACUGUAAUACUUUUCUUCUACCUCUUUUGGUAACUUUCUUUUUCUUCCUGCUAAUUAUGAUACAAUGUAAUUAUGUCACAAUAAAAAGCAGAUCAGUGCAAACGUCA